UACUCUGUGUGAUUGCUGCAGUACUUUGUGUGAUUACUGCGGUACUUUGUGUGAUUGCUGCGGUACUUUGUGUGAUUGCUGCGGUACUUUGUGUGAUUGCUGCGGUACUUUGUGUGAUUACUGCGGUACUUUGUGCUUCUCCUUCUUUUAACGUCACUCAGGUGUGACUGAAGCUGACAGGUGUGUGUUAGGCUCCGCCCCCCGUCGACAGCUUUAAUCGAGGCUGAGCAGGUGAGGUCCAGACAGCAGCUGGAUCUCUGAAGGACCAGAACUCAAACAAAAUCUGAAGAUGCUGAACGGUUCCGAGAUCCGGAGAUUCUCCGAGUUCAGCUUUGAGCAACGGUUCGAUGAGCGGGAAGCUAUCCGGUGGAUGCAGCUGCACUGGUCCAAGUCCUUCCUAUUCUGUGCUCUCUACGCCGCCCUGGUGUUCGCUGGACGUCACUACAUGAAGCCUCGACCCAGAAUGAACCUGAGGCUGCCGCUGGUCGCCUGGUCGCUCAGUCUGGCCGUGUUCAGCAUCGUCGGUUCCAUCCGGACCGGGUCCUACAUGUUCCACAUCCUGAGCUCCAGCGGCUUCAGAAGGUCCAUCUGUGAUCAGAGCUUCUACAGCGGACCGGUCAGCAAGUUCUGGGCCUACGCCUUCGUCCUGAGCAAGGCUCCAGAACUGGGUGACACGGCGUUCGUGGUGCUGAGGAAGCAGAAGCUGCUGUUCCUGCACUGGUACCACCACAUGACGGUGCUGCUGUACUCCUGGUUCUCCUAUAAGGACAUGGUGGCGGGCGGAGGAUGGUUCAUGACCAUGAACUACACCGUGCACGCGCUCAUGUACAGCUACUACGCCGCCCGCGCCGCCGGCCUGCGCGUGCCCCGCCCCCUGGCCGUGCUCAUCACCGGCGCCCAGAUCGUCCAGAUGCUGAUGGGGCUGCUGGUGAGCGCGCUGGUGCUGGGAUGGAUGCCGCAGGGAGACUGUCCGUCACGCUUCGACAACGUCAUGUGGGCGGGGCUAAUGUACCUGAGCUACCUGCUGCUCUUCUGCAACUUCUUCUACCGGACCUACCUGCAGCCCGGCAAGACCAAGAGCCAGUAGGGGGCGCCGCUGAGCAUCAUGGGAGGUCUGCUGCUGCCACCUCUGGUUCUGGAUGUAAAGAUCUGCCUUAAAGGUUUAGAAUUAACAAGACAUUAACAUGGUCAUCAAUAUCCCCCGCCACAUGUGAUGUCUGAGUCUAUAUCCAAAAUAGUGAUCAAGGGCCAUAACUCUGUUAAAUAUUAUCGCACAGGUCUCAUUUUCUAACUUGAUCAAAGUGUCCAUGGUGUGAAGCUACACACUAAAUUUCGUAAUCCUAGCUGUAAUAGUUUCCCAGAAAAGCUGUCCCCUUCAUGUCGGACGGACGGAUGGACAGACGGACGCACGGAGGCCGAAACCUAUAUCCCCCUUUUCCACUUUGUGGAGGCGGGGGAUAAUAAUUUAAUGCAGAAACAGCUGAGAGGAGAUAAACUAUUUACAGUUUUCUUUAGUCAAACUGUCUUCAUGCAGCAGCUUCAGAAGAUUUAAAAAGACAGAAAAUGAUCCAAACUGGAUUUAAAAACUUCAUGAAAUUGAGUAAAAUUUACCAUAAAAACAGUAAAAUGUGUUUAACUGGGUCUCAGUGAUUCUGGGUUUAAAACUGUCAGAUCUCCUUUUCCAGGUUCAUAAUUUAACAAAAACAACUGAAUGUGAAAACAGCAGGAAGAAGAUGAACUGGAUGAUGGAGGAAAGUUUCUGACCAAUCAGAGAGAAAAUGAGGUUUUAGGUUUGAAGUUAAACUGCAGACAAACGUUGAUAAAUCAGUUAAAAUGAUUAAAGAAUAAAAUCGGUUUCUGAAGAAAAUAUUAGUCCACCAAAACGUCAGAAUCCAGAAAUGGAUGCAGCUAAACUUCAAACCUUUGGAUUCUGAUGAACUUCACUGUCAAACAUCUGGAAACUGGUUUUCCUUCAAUGUCAGGAACCUGAAUACUGACAUCAAAAAAUAUCUAAAAUCUGGAAGUUAGUUCAUCAAAACCCCUAUACCGAUGCAGCAAAAUGAUCCAAACUAGGACAAUAAACAUCAAAAGCCUGAAUACUGGCAAAAACAAAAACCUGAAACCUCGACACGAAAAUGUCAAAAACCUGGAUAUUCGUUCAGUAAAAUGUAAAAAAAUAAUAAUCCAGAAAUCAAUGAAAAAAGGUAAAGAAACAAACAAAAGCAUGAAUACUGACAUCCUAAAACCUCAAACUCCUGGUUGUCAGUCCACCUUAAACCAGUUCAGCUGGUUCCAGCUGGUUUUCUCUGGUUUAGUUUUUUUCUGAAACAGAUUUUUAGCUCAGAAUCCUGAGUGUGACAGAAGUCAAACGGAGGUUUUUAAUUCCAGGUUUUUCUGAUCCAGUUUCUCUUCAUUUUAAAUCUUUUGCAGUGAAACACAGUUUUCAUUAUUUUAUUAACUGUCUGUCUGAUGAUUUAAUACUUGUCUUUAUUUCAGUCAUAAGACAAAGAAAGCUUCACUUAUCUGAACUUUGUCAGAUUAUUUACAGAUCGUUCUCUGAAUCGCUUCAGAAAACCUCAGUUUGUCUCAUUUUGUCCAAAUCCACAUGAAAGCAGGAAAAUAUUCUUUUAUUUUCUUAAUUUUCUCUUUGAUUUCUAAAAUGAAUCUUGUUUCUGAUCAGAAGUUUUACAUGUUCAGGUCUGUUUUUUUUGUCUCUGCAGCUGAGAAGCAACCAAACCUUCGUGUUUGUUUUCUAUUUAUUUAUUAUUGAUUAUUGGUAUUUAUUGGACACAUGAAGGCGCCUGAUUGGCUGCUGGAGUCUCCUCACUUUGUUCACGUUUAUUUAAAUCCUGACAGGUUGAAGGUUUUACUUUUUCAGCAGCUGCAGCUCUCAGGCCAACUUUACCAUUAUUUAUCAUUAUUUAUUAAUAUUAUUGAUCAGUUUGAGGUGUCUGAUGGGAGAAUUGAUCUGAAUUUGGUUUGAUAAGAAAUGAUCAAAUAUUUUCUGGAUGAAAACACAAAAACACUUUUUCAUGUUCAAAAUAAUUUAUUUAUUGUUUGGUAAAAAUAAAGUUUUAGUUUUUAAA